AUGUGGCAAAAAAUUCAGGCAUUUAGAAAAAAGUUGUUUUUCAAGUCUCUUUUGGCUAAAUCAAAACUUUCAGAGGAACACUUUCCCCAGUUUAUGAAUGUAAUGAGUGAAUAUGAAGAUAUCUUUGGAUCUUUUGAAGAAUACAAGUCAGUUUUAGACUCAUUAAUAGAAGAAUACAAGAAAAGAUUCAGUGAUUUUGAAAAGCAUAACAUCACUCUGAAACAUGCUUUUCAGUCUCACUUAGUUGAUGUACCAAAGACUCCUGAAGAGUUACAAAUGGAGCUUAUUGAAAUGUCUGAAGAUAAUAUCCUGAAAUCUCAGUUUGACAACAGGGACAAUCUCAUUGAAAUUUGGGAAAAGGCAAUAGAAUAUCCUCGUCUUCGUGAACAUGCAUGCCGACUGAUUUCCUACUUUUCUACAACAUACUGUUGUGAAUCCACAUUCUCGUACUUGAUGCAAAUCAAGAAUUCACUGAGGACACAAUUGACAGAUGAGCAUUUAGAGGACUAA